AAGAGACAGCCCUCAGGAGAGGAGAUACACAGAGGGUUCUUGAAUGAUACAGAGGACCCCCACCAGUUAGCGCUUCUGACCCCACUAGGGUUCUUAUAGCCCCCCCAGUCAACUUUGCUGGUGCCCAGCCUGCAAGAGCUCCCUUUGCCCAUGUCCGCCCAUCUCCUCAGUUCUUCUUUGAGGGGGAGCAGGGGCGCUCCCAGCGGAGCGUCAAGAUGAGCUCUAGGUGAAGGCCCGCCCACUCAGAGAAGAUACUCCAAUAACCCACGCCCCUGUCGCAGCAGCCUGGGCCCCUCUUCCCUCUUCAUCCCUCCCCCUACCUUUUGGGAGCCGAGCGAGUACCGCGGGGGCGAGCGGGGCGGGGCUAGCGAGCAGUUAUAAGCUGGCCCCGCGGCGCUGCGCCCCCGACGCUCCGGCUCCCCGACGCCGCAGUCCCGCAGCGCGCCCAGCCCCAGCUGAGUUAGCUCCUGGCCUGCCCCGCCGGGCGGCCGUCAACCUGAGCACCCUGGCGCGGGGUACGGGCGUUCGGGGCCCUGCGGGCCGGCCGGUGCUCGCAUUGUUGCUGCUCCUGGCGCUGCCCGCUGGCGCCUGGUACAAGCACGUGGCGAGUCCCCGCUACCACACAGUGGGCCGCGCCGCGGGCUUGCUCAUGGGGCUGCGCAGCUCGCCCUACAAGUGGCGCCGAGCGCUGCGCCCCGCUGCUGGGUCCCUCGCCUGGGACACCCAGGGCCUGGGCGCGUCCCCCCAGGGGCUAUCUGCCAAAGACACCCUCUCUCCGGCGCCCGUCCCCCGCGGUGCUCUCCUGCUGUCCUCGGGGGUUCGGGAACUGUUGGAGAUGGGACGCAGGUACUCUCGCGCAGGGCUCGAACUGCGGGCGCAAACUGCGCCGCCCGAGCCCGAACUGGAGCCGCGGCUGGGCGCCCAUUCCUGGACCUCCGUGAAGCGGGACAGAGCCUUCAGAGUGUAUCCUGUUCAGCCAUGGUCUGCGCAGUGAACCACCUUCGCCGGCCCCCACCUCUCCCCAGGGCCAUCCUGAACGCAGCCCUUGCUGGUGACGCCCCCUCAUCUGACCCAGGAGUCUACUCCUCCUGCUGGGCGAACAGCUCUGGCCAGGCCAGGUGGUCUGGUCAAUAAAAGCUGCCUGGUUCAUG